AUGUUAAACGUUGCAGCAGAUCUCGUCCGAAACAAAUUUAUUUCGUCAUACGAAGCGGAAAAGCAGUUUGGGAUUCCGCGUCGGACCAUUCUCAAUAAAUCUAAAAACAUACACAUUAAACCAUUUGGGCGACCCACAGAGCUAUCAGCUGAGGAAGAAGCCCAUAUCGCAGACGUAGUGAAUCUUUCUGCUGAAUUUGGCUGUCCUUUAACUAUUUUAGAUCUGCGCAUUGUAGUUUACAAUUAUUUAGUAAAAUGCAGCAAAGAUUACCUUUUUAAAGGAAAAAUGCCAGGUGAACGUUGGGCUCGUGCUUUUUUACAACGUCACAAUUUUUCCCAAAGGGCAACUCAAAAUAUAAAAAGAAGUCGUGCUGCGAAAACAGUAGAGGAAAUUAAUGAAUAUUUUAAUAAUCUUGAAACUUCACUCAAAGACAUUCCCGCCGGUAACAUCCUUAAUUUUGAUGAAACAAAUUUGAGUGACGACCCCGGGUUAAGAAAGUGUAUUUUUAAACGAGGUACAAAACACCCAGAAAGGAUUAUAAAUGCCAGCAAAAGUGCAGUUUCAAUAAUGUUUAGUGGAACUGCAGAUGGCAAUUGUCUACCACCCUAUGUGGUUUACAAGGCAGAUCAUUUGUGGAGCAGCUGGUGUGAGAAUGGACCAAAAAAUGCUCGGUAUAAUCGAACCAAAUCUGGGUGGUUCGAUAUGAUAUGUUUUGAUGAUUGGUUUAAAAGUAUAGUUGUGCCGUGGGCUAACUCUCUAGACGGCGUUAAACUUAUGAUCGGUGAUAACUUAGCGUCGCACCUAAGCGUCGAGACAAUUCAAAUAUGUCAAAGUAAAAACAUCAGAUUCGUUUUUCUUCCAAAAAAUGCUACACACUUAACUCAGCCGCUAGACGUUGCAUUUUUUAGACCAAUGAAACGAUAUUGGCGUGAAAUUUUAACAAAUUAUAAAGCUACAUACAGCACUGCAAGUACAAUCAAUAAAUGCCAUUUUCCACAGCUACUGCAAGAGCUAAUGACUAAAAUAGACAUGACAAAAGAGACCAAUAUACGUAAAGGAUUUGAGGGAUCUGGAAUAUUUCCUUUCAAUCCUUCAAGGGUGACAUUAAAAAUACCAACAUUACGAGAAGAAAAUACUGGUCAGUUUGAUGCCAGCCUACUGGAGUUUUUACAGCAAAAUAGGCAAUCACAGCCAAUGAAAACAGGCAAAAACAGCAAGCUUACAGUCGUACCCGGUAAAUCUAUAUCAACCGAAGAAGCAGAAGAGCUUGCUAAAGCUAAAAAGGUGAAAAAGCAUACAAGAACAACUAAACAGAAAGAGAAAAAGGAUGUACCUUUACCGGGACCUUCAAAAUUAACUACUGUAAAAAAGAAAAUAAAGUAUACUGAAACUAAAAGCCUUGGAUCAAACGACACCUACGAGCUAGACGCUACCUUCGAAGACAACUUGGCACAAUUACACUGUUCAUGGUUGAUGCUCCAAAAUCCUGAGAGCCUUUGUAGGCUUUGCAUAAGUGCUAUAAACAUUUACUUGCACCCUUUAGUGGCAGGUUCAAAUAAUUUCGAGCAUUGCCUAAAGAAUUUGCCAAAGAACUCCAAAAUGAACACAUCGUUUUGCGAAGACACACCAGAAUGUGUGCAGUUGAAAAUAGGUAAUGAUCCUGAUCCAAUGAAAAUGAAAAACCCAAACAAGAAUAAAAAACCUAAAGUAAUAAUUAUGUCUAAUAUAGUUAUAAAAGAAGCCUCUCCAGAAAAAAAAGUAGUUUUACGGGAUAUAAAUACAGAAAUGAAUAAAGGAAAGAGACAUGCCAGUACUUCACGAGGACCGUCAUCUAAAAUUAAAAGAAAAGAAAAAAAAAUUGUGUACCAUAGCGACUCAAGCCUGACAUCGGAAACUUCAUUUCAAGCUGCAGACGACUCCGACUAUGAAAAUUUUGAUGAUUAUAUUGCAUCAUGUUUACAAGAACAAGAAGAACAAGAAAACAUAUGCCCUUUCGGAUUGAGUGAUAUUGAUUUUUAUGUUGAAAAUUCUCUUGGACUUCAAGAAAACUGCUGGAUAAUAGCUAAAUUUGCUUCGAAAAAAAGUAUUAAACACUUUGUAGGGAAGGUUUUAUCAAUAAAAAAUCAAAUUCCUAAAGUAAAAUUCGCGCGAAAAGUAAAAAAUUCUAAGUGUGUUAAAGAAACGGUAUUCACCUACCCUAACAUUGAAGACAUAUGUGAUGUACCUGAUUUAAAAGAUGUUAUUGCAGUUUUACCUGAUCCCCAAAUUUCUCGUCGAGGACAUUUCAUAUUUAAUUUAGAUUUCGAUAAAUAUAACAUACAAUGA